AGUGGCAAAUAAAUAUUUACUAAGUUUAUGGUGUUCUUACGCACAACGAUUAAUAUAAUAAAUCUUUGUAUUUUAAUGUAUUUUUUUUCGGGCAUCGAUUAAUAUUCAUAGGAACCCAUAAAACAGUGUUUUUAACUCGGAAAAUCCAUUAGUCCGUCACUGCCGAUACACCGUUGCAGUUCGGCAGUUUCGUCAUCGCCAAAUGUUCGCACGUACUUAGACCACCACGGAUUACGUACUAUGUAGUCCGACUACGCGUUCGUUUUCCGCCUACGAAGUUUUUCUUCAUUUCCCGCUAGUAAUGUUCGAUCGAUUUGUUGGCAACACCAGUUAAUAAUUAAAAAAUAUAAUACAGAAUAUUACAUCGAAUUAAACGACAUUGAACAUAACCUCAAACGUUAACAGUAUCCAACGACAAAAUCGUACACACCACUAUAACUGCUCACCAAGCUUGCUUGCACUUCUACAGUUGUUUAAUCAUAUCGAAUUUCCAUACGAGAACCACUUUACGAGUUACAGAUCUCUAUAUCUAUAUUUUAAUAAAAAAAUACCUGUACUAUGGGUACAUAAUAAAAUAGUAUCAUUUUUCUUCAUACAGGGAGUCGAAAAGAACGUAUAAACGGGAAUGUCGAUUAGUUUUUGUCGUAUGCGAUUAACAUUUUACACGGUUGCGUUUGUAAACACAUUUUUUCCCCAGAUUUGUUCUCCUCUCAAACAAAUAAUUGUAGAAAAUACCUAUAUUAUACAUGUAAACUAAAAAUCAUCUAAGACCUGUUCGUUGGCUUAUAAUACGCUGGGCGUGUUUAUAAGUGCCCAAAAUAUAUAAGCAACAAAUAAUACAAAUAUACUUAAAAUAUACUUACAAUUUGAAAGAUUCGUAAAGCCAUAUGAAUUGUUAAUUUAUUUAGAUUGACGAAAACCAAGUAUUGGAAGGACACGUACUUUUCAUUUUUUUGAUAACGUUUCUUAAAAUGCUUUAUAAAUGAAUACAUAAAAAUUUGUUUUCUAAAUUAGUAACUAUAUUAUUCUUAGGGCGAGUCCAGACCAAGAAACAUUUGUCGUCGACUUUGUCAACAAUGUCGGCGACAAAAUGUUUCUAAAAAUGUCACCAACAAAAUUUAAAAACAGGCGCGUCCACACCAAAGCAACAUAUUUGCUAAAUAUUUGUGAAUUAGUCUUGGUGAAAAUGUGGAACGAGAAAGACGUUGCUAUGACUGCAGCUGCUUGCGUAAUUUUAAGUUUGGAAACGAAAAAUACCUCCAAAAAGAGGUAUUGGGUUCGUCUUAGUCUUUUAGCAAAACAAAAGUACAGUGGAAAUGAUUUAAUGACUGAUCUUAAACGUCAUGACAUUGGUCUAUCUGGAGAAUUGAGGUGUAAUGGUAGUUUUAAGAAUUUUCUACGUAUGUCAAGCGCAGAUUUUGAAUAUUUAAUAAAUCUUGUGGGUGAUCGAAUAAGUAAAAAAGACACAAAUUAUAGACAGUUUUUUCGUGGUAUAAAUCAAUUAGAUGACAAACACUUUCUUUCGACCAUUCCAUUAUUUGAUAAAAAAAAAAGUUAAAUAUCCGUUCAAAAGAAAUGUACUGGUUAAAAUAUGCGAUAUAUACAGACGGACCAGGUGAACUUUAACGGAUAACCAAAUAUGACGUGUAUUUAUAAAUGUUUAUCGACAAAAUUUAACAGGUCUGGACGUGUCAAUACAUUGUCGGUGACUAUGUUUAUAAACAUUGUCGCCUUUUUCCCGAGUCGAAUGGAAAACAAAAAUUUGUUGGAGACAAUGUCGUCGACACAAUUGUUGGUCACAAAUUUCAGAAACAUUUCUGAUUUUUGUCACCAACAUUUUCGGCAACUCAUGUUUCUGACAAAUGUUUCUUGGUCUGGACGCGGCUUUAGACAAUUCAUAAAUAUUGUAGCAAAAUCCGUCCCUCGUGGAUUAACGUACGCACAACUAUGACGGUUGUUAAAAAAAAAAAAUAAUGUACAUAGUACAAAUGGGGUUUUCGGGGAAUGAGAAAAGAUAACAGAAUACAAAAUUUCAGAAAAAUUUAAAAUUAUUUACCAGAACGGCACGCGUAUGUGCAAUAUAACUUGUUUUUUUAUAUAUUCGAAUAGAAUAUUUUUUUUCAAAAAUAUAAUGUUAAUUUUGUAAAUUUGGGGCCUUCAAAUUCCGAGGUCCCCGGCCUUAGCCCUUUAGGCUCAUUAAUGCCUUAAGACGGCUCUACUGAUGGCUCUACAUCCAAUCAUAAUACUGAAUAACAAAAAAAAAAGAAAAAAGUGAUUAAGGAAACUGUUGUGCUUGGGAUGUGUCACGCGAUGUGGUGGAACCCAGAAAUCAAGCCAGCUCAAAAGUUACACCCAACACAUCUUUGCUAUGGCCCUCAUCGCUUUCCUUUGAUAGAUGAGUGAGCGAGGUGUCACUAACUGAUGAUAUUCGAGAAAAAAAAAACAGCUAAUAACGGACCUUUUGA